CGGGAUAUACGUGAGCGCGUGCGUGCGUGGCGGUGCGUUCGAGCGCGCGAUCUUUGCGGAUUAGUUUGUAAAGCGUGCGAUUUUUUUCGUCUGUAUUUUGUUUUACGCGACUGAGUGAAAGUAACUAGCGAGUGUGUGUGUGUGUGAGAGAGAGCGAGAGGGAGAGAGGGAGAGAGGGAGUCUUGUGGGUUUGGCUUCAGGGACAUUCCUUUAAGGAAAAGCAAACGCGUGCUUCGUGUGAGAAGUUUAAACAGUAUCUGUAAGUAAAAAAGGAAAACAUCGGCCCGCGUGUGUGUGUGUGUGUGUGUGUGUGUGUGUUGCAUAUAGAAGAACAAACCCGCGUGUGAUAGACGGUUCUUUAUUGCACUUGUACUGCAGAAACCAGAGGCAGGGGGAACACUGCAGGUAAACAAGUGUUUCUCUUGGUGCAGCUGAUCUCCUGCAAGAGUAAGAUGGAGAAGGUGCUAACAGCGACGGUGCUACCGAGGAGCAGGUUAGGGAAACGCUCUCCUCUGGGAGCAUUGGUGUGCAACUCUUCAGCAGAGGGUCUCGCGGACGUAGGAGGACACGGAGACACGGACGGAGCUCCUGGGAUUGGAGCAGGAGUCCACGGUGUCCAUGGUGUCCACAAGGUCAAACUGUACCCUGGACAGCGGGUGUACGUUCAUUGUGGUGGACAGGAGCGUCCAGGUGUUGUGGAGCAGCACAACCAUGUGGACAAUGAGGUGUCCAUAUUCUUACAGCAGCUCAAUCAGCGUGUGCACCGCAAACUGGAGGACGUGUGGUUGAGCCCAACGGCCGGCGCCGCUCACUCCGUGUCUUCAUCAAUCGACGUGCCAAAAAGGAGCGUAGAGAGCGCGGACAUGGAUGAAAUCAUGGCUGCUAUGGUGCUGACCAGUCUGUCCUGCAGCCCAAUGAUCCAAAGCCCCGUUCAUGGAGAGCCAAAUCCAGCAUCAAACGGGACGGACAGCACUGCUGAAAUGUCCGAUGGUGGUUACUGGAGCUGUGACCAUGGAAACAGCAGUCCUGCGGCGUCUCCACCCGACGCCGAGGCGGACCGAACCCCUUCUGUCGACGACGGUCUGGACAUGGAGAUGGAUCAGGUGUUGUUUGAUGAACCAGCUCCGAGGAAGCGCAAGAACUCCGUGAAGGUGGCGUACAGGUGCCUGUGGCCAAACUGUGGCAAAAUCCUCACCACUAUUGUAGGCAUGAAGCGCCACAUUCGUACCCUUCACCUGGGCAGACAGAACGAACAGGAGCGAUGCCAGAGAGAAGAAGAUUUCUACUACACGGAGAUCUACCAGGACGCGGAGCACUCGUCGGCUCCGACUGGCUGCGGCUCACCUUCCAGUCCGAGCCAUCAGAGGUCAUCUCCAUCGACGCCGGAAACUCUGCAGCCCAGUCCGCUCAGCCAGUCGGCCCCCAGCAGCUUCUGGCAGGUCCACUGCGAACACUCAUACCAGGCUCCGCCUCCUGUCGUGACUCAGUGCAAAGCCGUGUGUGUGCCUGCUCCGCCUCGCUGGACGCCUCUCGUCACGGCACACCAGAGCAAACAGGCUGCUCCGUUUCGUCGGCGAUCGGUCAGCGUGGGAGAGCAGUGGCUGCAGAACAACAGCGCCCCCUCCAGGCCUCCGCACCUCGCCAGUGUUUCGCCUCCGAGAAGCCACUGUGCCACACGGAGGGUUCGAGGCGAGGCUAAGAAGUGCCGGAAGGUGUACGGCAUCGAGCACCGGGAUCAGUGGUGUACAGCCUGUCGCUGGAAAAAAGCCUGCCAGAGAUUUUUGGACUGAAGCCGGAGCUGGAGCUGAACGACGUAUGAGUCAGAGACUGUGGAAAAAGAAGAAGAGGAAGUAGAAGGAGAGGUGGAUGAGCUAGACUGCGGUGGAGGGAAACCGGACGAACACGAACAAACUCUUUUUUUGUUUUUUUUUAAUUCUGUACAUUUUUUACCAGACGUUUUACUGUAAGGUGCAGCGUUUUCUCUUCGGUGCUGAUUCGACUCUGGACUGAUCUACACCGCAUCUCGUCUCUCUCUCUCUCUCUCUCUCUCUCUCUCUCAUCACUCGUCAGUCUUCCUAAAGGUCUCCGAGGUCGUCUCGGUCUCCGUUCGGUGCCGAAUUUUUUCUCCGAUACGCAGCAGCCAUAUAUUUUGCGAAGGCUGGGAUUAGUCGAGGAUGGUGACACUCCGCAUGGUGGCGAUUCUUCUUGUUUACCUUGUUGUGAGAGAUUCACAGUCAUUCCAGAAAAAAAAACGAGCGUCUUUCCGUAUUUCUUUUUCUUUUUAAUCUGAAUGAGAGCUGUUCUUUUUUAUGGAAAGACGUUAUUUUUUGUUGUUCUUGUUGUUGUUUUCUUAUUUUCUUCAGGGGAGGAAGCAGACGGCAGCUCGGCGGGGAGAGUGAUUUGUAUGGACGUGCUUCAAAAGCAAACACGCCUCUACCUUUAUGUAUGCCAUGUAUACCAGCUAACGUGCUGUUGUGUGUUUUAUAACGACAAACAGAGCAAAAAAAUUUUUGUUUUUUUGUAUUGAGAUUUUGAAUUUGUAAUAACUGUGACUGCAGUUAUCAUGCAUUUAUCGUCUGUAUCAUAUCUUGCGCGCAAAAGAAAGACGUUUUCCUUUUUUUUCAGAGAUAUUUUUGAUCACAGGUUUGAUUUGGAAAUCGUGACCAGUUUUCGGAUCGGGAAUCACCGAGUUGUUCUGUUUUUAUUGUACGCUUUAAAAAAAGAAAAAAAAUGUUUGGGAUGAAACCUUUUCUUUUUUUUCUUGUGUACUUCUGAUCACUCCCGUAUUCUUCUUCCUUCUUAUUAUUAUCAUCGUUAUCACUCAGCUGCACUAUUUUGACUUGUGUAAAGAUCCAGAAUUAAAAACGAUUAUAAAUUUG